CUCCAAUUCUAGGGUUUUUGGUAACAACCACAUAUAAACUCUCUUCACUAGAUUCCUAAACUCCGAAAGCCGUACUUUGAAACUCUGAACUCUACUCUCUCCUUUUUCUAUCUCCUAAAUCCUUCGCAAACAAUCGACAAUGGGAGUAUACACCUUUGUUUGCAAGAAAUCCGGCGCCGAAUGGUCUGCCAAGCAACACUCCGGCGACCUUGAAGCCUCCGCCGACUGCCCCUUUACUCUUCAGAGGAAGCUCGUCCAGUCCGCCCUUAACUCCGGCGAUUCCGGCGCCAUCCAGUCAUCUUUCAAUUACAUCACCCCUUCUUCCGCCGUCUCUCAGGUGAUCAUUGGUGGAGCUGUUGCUGCCUCAAUUGUUGGCGGUGGAGCAGGAGCUGCUGCAGCUCCCUCAGGUGGAGCAGCUGCCGCAGAGGCACCCAAGGAAGAGAAGAAGCCAGAGAAGGAAGAAAGUGAGGAUGAGGACAUGGGUUUUUCACUCUUUGACUAGAGUGUUAUUACAUGUAACAUCUCUUUUUAUGGCUUGUCAGUAUGUUAUCAAGUGUGUCGAAUUACUAGAAUUUUGUUAGAUGUUCAGUAUACUAGAUGAACUUAUUCGCUGAGAUUUUUGUUUGGAGCUGCUGAAUACAGUUCUUGCCAUGUCUUUAAUUGUAUGGUCUAAUUAUUUGAAUGAUAAUGCCAUUUUUAUGCCUU